AUGCAUGUCUUCAUCCACAUUGAUGGUGUGCAGGCACCUUCAUAUGUGUGUAAGUCAUGUGGUGAGGUAUUGCCCACUGAUGACUGCUUGAAAGAACAUUUGAGAAUGAGGGAAGGUGACCAAGCAUUAUCUGCUACCAACAGUGAGAAACUUGAAUGCAGUGAUGAUCAUGAAAACAAUAUCUCCUUCGAGUGUGUACAAGAAGGAAUCAUGGAACAGACUGAAAAGACCCCUUCAUGCAAGGUACCCAGGAAAACUUUUAAAAAAUCCUUUAAUGACAUAUGCAAUACACAUACUGUGAAAGAAGCUGAAGAGAAACUUGAAAGACGUAAUGACUGUGGAAUUUUAUGUACAAGUGACCAUGUUAAUGUCCACACUGUGCUAAGUGCAAAGAGACAUCACAAAUGUGAUGUUUGUGGUAAAAAGUUUACUCUGUUAUGCAAUCUUAAAAAACACAGCUCAAUACACUCUGGAGAGAGACCACACGAAUGCGAAGUUUUUGGAAAAUCGAUUACUGAAUGGGACAGUCUCAAGAAACAAGAAUUAACACACACUGGAAUGAGACAACACAAAUGCGAUGUCUGUGGAAAAUCAUUUACUCGGUCUGGCCAUCUCAAGACCCACAUAUUAAUACAUACAGGGGAGAGACCCCACAAAUGUGAUACUUGUGGUAAAUUAUUUAAUGUAUUGAGUAAUCUCAAGGCUCACAAAUUAAUACACAGUGGAGAGAGACCCUACAAAUGUAGAAUGUGUGGAGAAUCUUUUACUCAUUGGGGCAGUCACAGGAGACACGAAUUAAUACACACUGGACAGAGACCACACAAAUGCGAUGUCUGUGGAAAAUCAUUUACUUGGUCGUGCCAUCUCAAGACCCAUAUAUUAAUACACACUGGACAGAGACCCCACAAAUGUGAUACUUGUGGUACAUCUUUUAAUGUAUUGAGUAAUCUCAAGGCCCACAAAUUAAUACACAGUGGAAAGAGACCCUACAGAUGUAGUAUGUGUGGAAAAUCUUUUACUCAUUGGGGCAGUCACAGGAGACAUGAAUUAAUACACACUGGACAGAGACCACACAAAUGCGAUGUCUGUGGAAAAUCAUUUACUCAGUCGGGCAAUCUCAAGACCCAUGUAUUAAUACACACUGGACAGAGACCACACAAAUGCGAUGUCUGUGGAAAAUCAUUUACUCAGUCAGGUCAUCUCAAGACCCAUAUUUUAAUACAUACAGGAGAGAGACGCCACAAAUGUGAUACUUGUGGUACAUCUUUUAAUGUAUUGAGUAAUCUCAAGGCCCACAAAUUAAUACACAGUGGAAAGAGACCCUACAAAUGUAGUAUUUGUGGAAAAUCUUUUACUCAGUGGGGCAGUCUCAGGAAACACAAAUUAAUACACACUACAUAG